AUGAACUCCAUCGCCCGCCAAGUCCCCAACCGCCUCUCCUCCUCCACCGGCAUGUCGGAAACAAGCAUCCACCCAGCCCACCGCUCCGGAGCAGCAUCGCCCCAAAGCUCCUCAUCCUCCCUCUCCGGCGCAUCAAACUCAUCCCGCUUCUCCAAGAUCUCCCAAACUUUCACUCCCUGGAUUACUGGUGUGCCGACUGCGGAGACUUAUCGCACGCAGGCUCCGCAGCAGGGGAGGAAGUCGAGUUCGUCCUUCCCUAUUUUGGACGGAAAGUGUUAG